AUGAGGAUCAGCGGGCUUAUUUGGCUGUUCACGCUUAUAGGAUUGGGCAAUUGUUUGGAAUGGGAUGACGUUAGCGAUCUUAGGGACGCAGAUGGGAUUAUUGAAGUCACUGAAUCCAACUACAGAAAGCUGUCCCAGGGCUCGAGGAAUUUCUACUCAAUCCUGUACGUGACUACCUCGCAAGUCACGUCGGGAGGCGUUUAUUGUGAGCUCUGCGAUAUAUUCGAGGGCAAUGUGCGGAAGGCCUCAAAUGCCAUGCAACAGCAGCUUCCCGAAGACGUCAACAGAGAAGCGGUCUUCUUCAAACUGGACGUUUCGCAAUGUUCCUCUUUUGUGAAAGAAAUCGGCCUACAAACCAUACCCCACAUGCUGAUAUACCCCCCACCUAAGGACGAAGAUAGCUUCGCAUGGUCCAAAAGCGUGUUUUACCAGUUUCAAAUUACGCCUGAAAGUGCCAAGGACCCUGUAUUGUUUGCAGACUUUUUGGCAAAGAUCCUCAAUGUGUAUUUCGGCGUCGCGCGGGACUUCGACAAGGAGGAGUUCUUCCAGUAUUUUAUCGCGUCUUUGGCAUGUUUCUUUGUCUUGAAGAAGAAGAUCUUGCCUCUGAUCCCCAACAAAGCAUGGUUUUUUAGCUUGCUCUUUUCUCUGGGCGUGGUGCUUGCGUCUGUGACGGGGUUGAAGUUCACGCAGAUUAACAACAUACCUUUGCUAGCCAAGGACGAGAAGGGAAACAUUAUGUUUUUCAGCGGUGGCAUGGGAUGGCAGUUUGGCAUCGAGAUUUUCAGCGUGAGCACCAUGUACAUCGCCAUGGGGUCCAGCGUCAUAGCGCUGAUAUUCAUACCGCGUGUGAAGCAGCUGAAUCCUUUCCUCUCGAACGCGGUGUCGCUGGCGCUUCUGGCACUGGGAUUCUACGUGUUCGCCUACUUCACGAGCUGCUUCAAGGUCAAAGAUCCCGGAUACCCUUUCGCAAUACUGUAG